CAGAAGAGAUUCCGUGAUGGACGUGAUUCACACCAUUCAAUCUAAUAUUUAAAAACCAUCCAUGAUGAAUAAUAUUUUCUUUUCAUAUUCAUAUUUCAAUGAUAAAUCUAAUCUCCAAGAACUCCUUCAGACCCGACGAAAUGAUCACUGAAAGGCGGAACUGUGCACAUAAGUGGGAAAAGACCCGUCGGGGUAACCGACACCGACUUCGUGUGUGCCACCUUGGACUGGUGGCCACCCGAUAAAUGCGACUAUGGAACGUGUUCUUGGGGUCACGCUUCUCUCCUUUACCUGAACCUUAGCAAUACUAUCCUUUUAAAUGCAGUUAAAGCUUUUUCGCCUUUAAAGAUUCGUUUGGGUGGGACUUUGCAAGAUAAAGUGAUCUACCAAACAAAAGAAGAGAAAGAAGAAGGAAAAAGUUGCAUUCCAUUUGUGAAGAACAUGUCAGCAUUGUAUGGUUUCAAUAAAGGGUGUCUCUCAUUGUCCAAAUGGGAUGAAAUGAAUGACUUCUUCAAUAAAUCAGGAGCUGUUAUUAUUUUCAGUUUGAAUGCUCUCCAAGGAAGAACGUUCGAUUCCCAUGGCUUCGCAAACGGGGCUUGGAAUUCAACCAAUGCAGAGUCUCUAAUGCGUUACACCGUGAAUAAAGGCUACACUAUUCACGGAUGGGAGCUCGGGAACGAGCUGAGCGGGGACGGAGACGGUGUAAGAGUAGGAGCUGAUCAAUAUGUUUCUGACACAAUUCAUCUGAAGAAGAUAUUGGGAGAUGUAUACAAGAGUGUUAGUUAUAAGCCAUUGGCCAUAUCACCUGGAGGAUUUUUUGAUGCAAAAUGGUACAAAGAGUUUAUAGAGGAAGCACAAGAGUCUUUGGAUGUGGUCACCCAUCACAUUUACAGUCUAGGCCCAGCAAAUGAUGAGCACCUGGUGGAGAAAAUCCUCAAUGCUUCAUAUUUGGAUCAACAAAUCCGUACAUUUCGUCAGCUGCAGCACAUCCUCAAGAGCUCCUCCGCCACCUCUGCAAGGGCUUGGGUCGGCGAAGCCGGCGGAGCGUAUAACAGCGGCCGGGACCGCGUCACCAACGCCUUCGUCUUCAGCUUCUGGUAUCUUGAUCAGCUAGGGAUGUCUGCAUCUUAUGGUACAAAGACAUACUGCCGGCAAUCACUAAUUGGUGGCAACUAUGGUUUACUUAAUACCGCAACCUUUGUACCAAACCCUGAUUACUACAGUGCUCUUCUGUGGCACAGAUUAAUGGGGACAAAUGUGUUGAAAACCAAAUUCUCAGGAACAAAGAAAUUGCGUGUUUAUGCUCAUUGUGCAAAAAACUCAUCUGAUGGCAUAACAAUAGUGUUGAUAAACCUGGACGGGAAGGCGGGUGCGGUGGUGGACGUGGCGUACAACGGCGGCGGAGGAGGAGGAAGCGGCGGCGGUGGAAGAAAAGAGUAUCAUCUGAGCGCGAAAAAUGGGGACUUGCACAGCCAAACAGUCCUUCUGAACGGGGAGGAACUGGGCCUAGAUCCAUCAGGGAAAAUACCCUUGUUGGAGCCUCGGGUCGUCGACCCGGAAGAGCCCAUUAAUGUUGCCCCGUUUUCCAUUGUUUUUGCCCAUUUACCUUUUGUCUCUCUUCCUGCUUGCACCUAUAAUAAUUAAUUUUCAAAUGACAGAUUUUAAGAUAGCCAGCCCCAUAUGUAUGGUUACCAUUUUAAUGAUUCAAUGGUAAUUAGUUAUAUCAAACUUUUAGAGUUUAAGAUCAUUUUAUUACUAAUGAUAAAGCUUAUUAUUAUUA